ACAGGUGACGCAUUUAUCAAUUUCGUUUUGUGUCAAAAUUAUUGCGGACAAAGAGUGAUUAUUAUUUUUCUAAUAUUUUGCCCCAUUAGUGAAAAUUUCUGUUCAAAAUGUCUUCAAGGAAAAAGGUUCUAUUAAAAGUGAUAAUCCUGGGUGACAGUGGCGUCGGCAAGACUUCUCUCAUGAAUCAGUUUGUGAACAAGAAAUUUUCCAAUCAGUACAAAGCAACAAUAGGGGCUGAUUUUCUCACAAAAGAGGUACUCGUCGAUGAUAGAAUCGUCACAAUGCAGAUUUGGGAUACUGCAGGACAGGAAAGAUUUCAAUCUUUGGGAGUUGCAUUCUAUCGUGGGGCGGACUGUUGCGUAUUAGUGUUUGACGUAACUGCCCCCAACACAUUCAAGUCCUUGGAGAGUUGGAGAGACGAAUUCUUGAUACAAGCGUCGCCACGCGAUCCCGACAACUUCCCGUUCGUUAUAUUAGGGAAUAAGGUCGACUUGGAGAACCGUGCAGUGUCUGCCAAACGUGCCCAGCAAUGGUGUCAAAGUAAAAAUGAUAUACCCUAUUUUGAGACUAGUGCCAAAGAAGCGGUAAACGUCGAGCUAGCGUUUCAGACCAUUGCGCGUAACGCCCUAGCCCAAGAGACUGAAGCGGAGCUGUACAACGAGUUCCCGGAUCAGAUCAAACUAAACGCCAACGACAACGGCCGUAACAGAGAUGGAGACAACUGUGCUUGCUAAGUGGUACACUAAUUACUCGAUAUUGGCAAUAUACUAGUAUAUCUUUAUUUUAUAAAAACUAAUUACGAUAGAAAGUAAUUUGUAUUUUAUGAUUUUUAUACCAUAAAAUGUAAAAAAUGUAUAGAUAUAAUACAAAUUUUGUCUGGUUA